AUGAGUCGAGAUGGUAUCGCAUCUGCUCUAUCUGCUUUCACGAAACAGGAUUCGUCAACUGAAGUCUUCAGCGAGGAGCAGCUUUCAACUGAUCUGGCUCAGUUUUUGUCAAAUCCAACUUUGAGAGCUGCAUUGGCCGACGGAUCGUUGGACUUAACAAGCUACAGUUCCACUGUGGAAGGCGAGCUUGCUGAGCUUGAAAUACAAUGUAUUUUUGCAUAUCGCAGCAAGACACAAGAAAUUGCGCGCCUUUGUAAGGACUUGGAUCAUUGCGAUGGAGUUUUGUUGGGUGUUCAAGAAAUGCUUCUCGGAUUUCAAGCAGACCUAGGAGGUCUCAGUGGCGAUAUUCGACAGCUGCAAGAAACUUCAAAGAGAUUGGGUAUCCAAUUACAUAAUCGCAAGGCGGCUGCCAUAGGAAUGCGCGAGUUCCUUGGCCGCAUUGUUUUGAGUCCUCGUUUGUGCGAAACGAUCACAAAAGGAGCUAUUAACCUUCAAUUCCAACAAGCAAUCAAAGAACUUUCUCGCCUCUACAAUGAUACGCAUUGUGAAAGCCCGCAGGAUUGGGCUUGUAAAAAGCCGCCGGCGGAGACAUCUGCUGGGGAGGAGAUGCAAGAGCAUAUCAAGCAGCUCCGACUUGUUGCAGUGUCAAGGAUCCGGGAGUAUUUUUUUCAACAGAUGGUGUUGUUGCGAAAACCUCAGACAAAUAUUCGGAUCUUACAGUCUCAUGGACUCUUGCAUCAUGCAGAUUUAUAUGAAUUUCUCCUUGAUGCCAGUCCAAGUGUCGCUCAAGAGUUAUUCAAAGCAUACACAACUCGAAUGAGUAAUACCAUGUAUGCACUUUUUCGAACAUACCAAGCACAACUAAUCCAGUUAGAUGCAACUAAGCACGCAGCAACUCGGCAAGACGUCUUGGCCGUAGAAGAUGCAUACCUCCGAGAUUCAAUCACGACAAAGGCGAAAAAACGAGUCGAUGUUUUUACCCUUGGAAGUAGAGCAAACGUUUUGAACACCACACACGAGCCUCCAGUUGUUGCCCAUGUUGCGCUGAGCGAACAACGCACAUAUCCAUACGAGCGUCUACUGAAGAGUUGCUUGCAGCAUUUGGUCGACGCUGUGACCAAUGAACACGUUGUCUGCCGCCAGUUCUUCAAGCGCGAUGCAUUUGAUUCUCUUUUCCCCAACAGUCUUCAGCUUUUGCUGGAACAGCUUGAGAAUUACCUUUUUGGUUGCUACGAUGCACUGUGUAUUCUGCUUAUGAUCAAGGUGAUACACCAGUUUAGAAAAUCAGCUCAAUCGAGAACCAUCCACAGCUUGGACAACUUCUUCGAUCAAAUGACAAAUCUCCUGUGGCCACGCCUGAAAACAGUUAUGGAAAUACACCAACGGAGUAUCAAACAAGCCACAGCUACCAGUUUGGGCGGUGUUGAUUUACACGCACAUUACGUGUCCCGUCGAUUUGCCGAGUUUACCUGCAGUGUCUUGUUGAUUCUACAGAAAGGAAACAAACAAGUUCAAUCGACUGACCGCAACUCAAAGUCCUCGUUGAAACGAAGCAAUUCUCAAGCCUCACAGAACCGAGAGAAAAUGAAUUCUAUCGGUUCCAUAGCAAGUGCUGGAGAGAUGCUAUUGCGCGACUUGAAUGACUUAUUGGGUGACUACAUAGCUUUGUUGAAAAGACUAGCAGAGGAGCACACAGUCAAUAUCAAAAAGAUUGUGUUUAUGAUCAAUAACUUAGACCAAGUUGUUUGCAUAUUCCAGGAACGCCGUGUCGCGGGUGGUAAGGAACUGAACAGAGUUCUCGAGUUACUGAUGUUGCAAAGAGAGCUCUUCGUAGAAGAAGAGCUGUUGCAAGGGUUUUCCAAAAUGAUCGCAUUUGUGCAACAAACAGAAACCAGCCUUGCCGCUGGUGCGGUUAAUGAUAAGUCUGUGAACUAUCAAGUCGUGGAGAGCUUGGUGCGCGAGUUUGCAUCGAAUUGGCGAACGGGGAUGGAAGCGAUCAAUCGAAACGUACUGAGUUACUUCUCUAACUUUCGAAAUGGUAUGGAAAUACUGAAGCAAGUUUUGACUCAAUUGCUGCUCUACUACACAAGAUUUCAAGACGUUGUUCGCAAGGUGUUCAAGAAGCAACAGCCUGACUUUGCGAAGGACUUGGUUCCGACUGCUGUGAUCUUGGCAGAAAUCAAGAAAUAUGCUUUGUCAAUCUGA